AUGUUGCCAAACAAUAUCACUGUGUGUGAUCAAAUAAACCAAACAAACGAUGAGAACUAUUAUGAUGAGAACUAUUACGAUGAGACGUACAUAACAGGCGAUGAAAUAUAUUCAAUCCUUGACCUUGUGAUCCAGGAUCAUAUUUGGGAGAUAGAAAAAAUCAUGUUAAUAUUCAUCGCCAUCUUCACUGUCCUGGGAAAUACUUUGGUUUUGGUUGCAACCUGGAAAGAAAAAAGUCUUCAUCAGCCAAAUAAAUAUUUUAUUGCUAGCAGGGCGGUCGCUGAUCUUUUAGUUGGUAUCUUUGUGGCACCACUGUGGUUGUUUCGAUUUUAUAAAACCGAAUCUGAUGAACCACAACACGAAACAAUUCCGUUUUAUCAUUUAUGCGAUUUUAUUAUUUGGAUUGAUGGCUUUGCAUUGACAGCAUCUAUAUACACACUGACGUUCAUCAGUUAUAAGCGAUGUCUUAACAUGAGCAAAGCACGUUGUAAUAGAUCACAAAUGACAACUUUCAAAUCACUGAAAAUAAUUUUCAUCAUUUGGUUGAUUUCAACUGUCUUUGCCAGUUACGCUGCAACUCCCUAUUCAGGGAGCAUUGGAAUUUUGUUUACUGCCGAUGUCUGUUUAUUUCAUAUAUCUAAGAAUUUCUAUACUUUUGAAGCAGUGAAUGUGCUUAUUCUACCAACUGCUGUGAUGGUGAUUAUGUACGCCCGCACUUUCCUUGUUGCAUACAUUGCCAAACGACAAAAUAUUUCACAAAAUGGCACAAAUGGGGAACUGGGACAAUCAUGGAACCAUCCUAAAAAGCAAAUUAUUUUCCUUCGAGAUUUGAAAGUUAUACGGACGCUGUUCGUUGCCGUGGGAGUGUUCAUCGUUUGCUGGGGUCCUUACCUUAUUUGGAUUUUGUUGAAAUUUUACGAUCCAGAUGUUUUUGAUGAGGAUGAAAAUUCAACAAGCUACUGGUAUUCGUUUUUGAUAUCUCGUGUCGUAGUAUUCACGCUCCCUCUGAUUAACAGUCUAUGCAAUCCAAUAAUCUAUGCUUGCCUUGACAAGAAGUACAAGAAGGCCUGCAAGCAUCUGUUUCAGCAAAUAAUGUGCCGACCAAUCUCACGAAAGCGACAACCACCUGAGGUCUCAACUGAGUUACGUCCAUCAGAAACAACAACUUUGACCUGA